UUGCCGGAAGCAGCAUAAGGAUGAUGUAAAUGCGUCGCGCUGUGAGUGAUUCCGGAAGAAACGGGAGUGCGGCGUGAACAUGGGGAAGCAAAAGAAAACCAGGAAAUAUGCGACUAUGAAGCGAAUGCUUAGUCUCAGAGAUCAGAGACUUAAAGAAAAGGAUAGAUUAAAACCUAAAAAGAAAGAGAAGAAAGAUCCCAGUGCGCUGAAGGAAAGAGAAGUCCCCCAACAUCCUUCCUGCUUAUUCUUCCAGUACAAUACACAGCUGGGUCCACCUUACCACAUCCUCGUUGAUACCAACUUCAUCAACUUUUCCAUUAAAGCCAAACUGGACUUAGUGCAGUCAAUGAUGGACUGUCUGUAUGCCAAGUGUAUCCCUUGUAUAACUGAUUGUGUAAUGGCUGAAAUUGAGAAAUUGGGACAAAAAUAUCGAGUGGCACUAAGGAUCGCCAAGGAUCCACGAUUUGACAGGUUGCCGUGCACACACAAAGGAACCUAUGCUGAUGACUGCUUGGUACAGAGAGUAACUCAGCACAAGUGUUACAUUGUGGCCACAGUUGACCGGGACCUCAAACGAAGAAUCCGGAAGAUCCCUGGAGUUCCCAUCAUGUACAUUUCUAACCACAGAUACAACAUAGAGCGGAUGCCAGACGACUAUGGAGCCCCUCGCUUCUAACUCUCGCUCAACAAAAUCGCCUGCCUUCCUUGGACCAGCUUUCUCUCUUGUCGGUUAAUUAAACACACUUUUUGAUGGUU